GUUCCGCUUAAACAUGGCGUCCGCGGUUCUGAAGGUUGCUGUUUCCAGUCUAUCCAGAUGUGCUCCGCUCAUUUUCCUGCGAGCACAUUCGACCACAGCAUCCCUUCAUCAGAACACCCCAAGGUCGCUGUGGAACCUGGGCAAGCUCAACCAUAUCGCCAUUGCCGUGCCAGACAUGGACAAGGCCACCGCUUUGUAUCGGGAUGUCCUGGGGGCCACAGUAAGUGAACGGGUGCCUCUGCCCGAGCAUGGUGUCUACACCGUGUUCGUGGAGCUCGGCAACACCAAGCUGGAGCUUCUCCAUCCUCUCGGGGAGAAGAGCCCCAUUGCUGGAUUUUUACAGAAGAACAAGGCGGGUGGGAUGCACCACAUUUGCAUCGAGGUUGACGACAUCAGUGCUGCGAUCAAAGACCUGAAAGCCAGGAACAUCCGAACUCUGUCAGCAGAGCCGCGAAUAGGAGCUCAUGGAAAACCGGUGAUGUUUCUUCAUCCCAAAGACUGUGACGGCGUGCUGGUAGAGUUGGAGGAGGCAUGAAGCAGAUGAAAGUACUUGCUUUUUUAAUAUAUUGUUUUGGCAGUUUUCCAUAGAGUUAUGAAUUAAGUCAUUUUUGUGUGCCAAUCAAGUCCGCCCUGGCCUAGAGUUAGGGAUGUCAGGCUCACAGUCUGGAGAUUCGAAUCUUAGCCUGUGUGGUGAAUACCCAUUAACCACGAGAGCAGUGCUUUUUAAUAAUUUUUUGUCAUGCUCGCCGCCCUAGGGGACAUCAUUUUCUUCACGCCCCCCUUAAAUUGAAAUAAAAUUCAGAACCUGUAUCAGUUGCUGGCACCAGCACCGACAUGCCACCCAGCUGAAGACAUGCCUGACACCUUCUCAUGCCUUUCCCACUAUAUAAGAAGUACUGGUCUAUUGAUUUUAACUUUUUAAAGGAUGUGUGUAUUUUAUGUAUGCAAGCCAAGGGCCAGAUCAGGUCCGCGAACAGGUUUUAUUCGGCCCGCGGGAUGAGUUUGCUAAGUAUAAAAAUGAACCUGAAAUGUUUCGAUGAAAGAAACAGCUGUUCUAAAUGUGUCCACUGGAUGUCGCAAUAGCAAUUCUUUGUAUCUUUGUAGAUGAUGCUACAUAUGUACAAAAUAAACCACGUUAGUACAUCAGUCGAGGAAAAAGAUUCAACUACAUAAAUAACAUCCUGUAAUUUGAUUUUGAUAUAUUUUUUUUAUCUUGAUUGAAAAUCAACACCAAUGAACAUUAUCACAUAAUUUAUUCAGAAAAUAUAAUUAACGACAAAAAAAGAUGAAAUACUAUU